UUGUGUUAUAAAAUUGACAAAGACAACAAACAGACUUUAGGUUAGGCGUUAAGUCAUAAAAGUUAGGAUUUUUAUUUAUAUUGUAAUGGGGAUUGACUAGUAGGAAAUGGCUGAUGAUGGUCAAAAAAAUCAUUCUAAAAAUAAGAAACAUUUCAAUAAAAAUAAUUCUUUCAAUGUGCGGAAGCGAGGUCCUCCCCAUGUAAGGCGUAAUAACGAUAUUUAUGUUACAAGUAAAUCCAAUUUCCAGGGUCAGUUGUCUCAGUGUGAUAAGUUGUUUCAAGAAGGAGAGGAAGCCAUUUUUCUUCAUGGGAUUGGAGCUGCCAUACCUAGGACUAUAAAUUUGGCAUUGCAACUUAAUGAGAGAUAUCCAGGCGCAUAUGAAGUCAAUGUAGAAACUUCUACUGUAACCUUAGUAGAUGAUUUGGAGCCGUUAGAUGAUUCUGCUGAUUAUGACACUCGGACUCGCCAAAACUCCUCAAUAAAAAUAAAAAUUUCAAAGAAAAAAGACUGUCCUGUCAACCAACUUUAGAAAGUGUCCCCCACAAUGUUUU